CAAUUCAACGUCGAAAUGACCUCUUCUCCUCAUAGAAUGGACUCCUUCUUCCUCGCCGAGAUGUUCAAGUACCUUUUUCUGCUUUUCGCCGACCCGGGUGACCUUCGCUUCGACGUGGAGGACUACAUCUUCACGACCGAAGCGCAUCUGUUGCCUCUGUCUCUCUCGACAGCACCUUACGCGUCGUCCGUUCUCACCAACCGAACGUUGGAGCAGGAGCUGGACGACUCCAACUUCGACUGGACCUGUCCCAACACGCGUCUCCUGUUCCCCGACCCGGCCUUCCCCCGUAACCUGAGGGAACCCAUUCGCAGCGCUGUGGACAAGAGCUGCCCGCGCCCUGCUCCUUAUAGGGAGCCCGGCAUGGGGGCGCCUCCUCUGAGAGCUCAGGACUUCAUGGCAAACAACCCGGAACAUCUGGAGCUGCUGAGGAGGAUGGGUGUCAGUCUCAUCCACCUGAAGGAUGGCAGGGUGCAGCUGGUGCAGCAUGCGACGCAGGCUGUGAGCCCCAUCGCGGCGGAGGACGGUGUCCGCUUCAUGCAGGAGAUGAUGGAGCUUUCCAGCCAGCAGCAGAAGGAGCAGCUGCCUCCCCGAGCCAUUCAAAUCGUCUCGCAUCCCUUCUUCGGCCGAGUGGUGCUGACCGCCGGCCCGGCGCAGUUCGGCACAGACUUGUCCAAAAGCUCCACGGGGGUUCGAGGCUUUGUCACCGUCGCCGAGCCGUACAGCGGCUGCAGCGAGAUCACCAACGACGAGUACGUGCGCGGCCACAUCGCUCUGCUGCAGAGGGGCCAGUGCAUGUUCGCCGAGAAGGCCCGGCACAUCCAGAAGGCCGGCGCCAUCGGAGGCAUCGUCGUCGACGACAACGAAGGAAGCAGCAGCGACACGGCGCCUCUCUUCCAGAUGGCCGGCGACGGCCGCAACACGGACGACGUCACCCUGCCCCUCCUCUUCCUCUUCCACAAGGAGGGCAACAUCCUGCUGGAGGCGCUGAAGGAGCACAGGGAGGUGGAGGUGCUGCUGAGCGACAAAGCCCGAGACCGAGCUGCCAUAUUCAAAGGUAAAGCUCUGCCUGGAAGUCUGUUUGAGGGCAGCUCCGACGUCCACGAGGUGGAGGAGGACUGCCAAACCGAGGCCACCUCGCCAGCGGCAUCCGAGUUGGAGGCGACGACACCGCCGGAUGAUCAAGACGCCGCUCCGACCCACGGUGAGGACGUCAGUCCAGCCGAGGCUGACGCGCCGAAAGUGGACCCUGGGGAUAAAAAGGAGCUUGAGGUGGUGGACGAGGACGCCACCGGCCAAUCGGUGGACCGGCUACUGGCCGACUGGCGGGACGACCUGGAGGCCUUCCGGCAAAUGGAGAAAGACGAGCUUUGACGCUUCGAAUCAAACGGCGAUCAAACGCCGGUGUGUCCGUGGCGUCAUCUGCGGACGGCAAGGCAAGGCCGGCCGGCCGGCCACACGGGGCAUCGGCGGAGCACGACGGAGGCCUCUUCAACCUGCGUGAUGACGAAUGAGAGAGCAGGGUCCUUACCUAAAAUUGCAAAAUUCCGGAACUUUUCAAGUUGCAAACUUUCCAUGGGAAUUAAAGGAGGAGUAUGCAGUAUUGACAUCAAGCUUUUAACGUAACCUCACUUGACUACUCUGUCCCGCUGUUUCCGCCCACUUGUUAGUAAAAGAGGGAGAGGCUCUUGUAGAAAUUUCCUUGAAAUUUCCCUGCCAUUGACUGCACGGCAAAUGAUUGACACCUUGUCAGUCAUGCCUUCUGACGCUGAGAGAUAAUUCCUCAGUGGGUGUUUCUUUCCGGGGAAAAAAAAAAAUCCUUAAUUUAUGGACAGGAAUUUACCAAAUUGAAAGUUGGCUCUGAACUCAUCUGCCAAUCCAGGAAACGUGGAUCUUUGACGUCUGUCGCCGUCAAUGGCAGUGAAUGAGUUUUAAUAGUGAACUUUAUGUCUGCUAACGACAAAACAUAAUCUUUGCUUCAUGCUUGAAUAUGAUUCCUUUUUAUUAAAUGAACCCCGAAUGGCUCUA